AGACUGCUCGAUACACAAUGUCAAAUACUAUGUUGACUGUGUUAAAUGCUACUUUCUGACUAGAUCCUUUAUACUAGCCUUAGAUGACUGCGCGCUUAUGUAGUAUUCCCCAAAUAUCUUUGGGGAUUUUUUUUUUUUGCCAACUUAUUAGAUGUCUCAUGAAAUAAGAUUUAACUUUUGGCAAAGGCAGUGUCACUCAGAAAAUUGCAAAUGAAAUUUUAUCAAUACAACUCCUAAACAUUAUUUUUACUGAUUGCGAUGAUUUGGUUGGGCGCUCCACUCGCAGACAUUGUUAUACAUAGAUAUGAAUAGGUAGAUACGACAAGUCCCUUUUAAGCUGCGUGCGUACGGCGACGUUAAGCGAGAAGGUUCAAAGUCGUCAACGCGGACCUAUCCCGUUUAAUAUCUAUGGUUCCACUGCGUGAUAUCUUAAUAUCGCGAGAACAAUAUGCUACGUUCACGUAAACAUGUACGAGAGGAAAUUUCUUUUCAAUGCUUUUGUCAUCGUGUUUUUGAUACGUUCUCUGUGUUCGAAUCCUCCGUUGUUGUAACCCAUUCUGUCCUCCUUUUUUCCCCAUCAGCUGUGUUUUUGUUGUUGGUGUUGUUUUUCUUUUUAUAUGUGGUAAUUCUUCUAUUUCCGCUAGCACUUGAACGCAGCACGAGUCCGUUUUUGACACUUGGAGCCUGCUUCAAGCUAAACUCAGCAUGUCUGAGAAAGAGCUGGGGAAAAAGUGGGACCGAUGCCUGGCGGAUGGUGUCAUUAAGCUUGGCACGGGUCUCGGCUUGGGAAUUGUGUUUUCGGUUAUAUUCUUCAAACGGCACACUUGGCCCAUUACGCUGGGCUCGGGGAUGGGCCUUGGCAUGGCAUACGCCAACUGUCAGAAUGACCUGAGGUUACAUUACCUGCUGCAUAAAAAGGUGAGUAUGAUUGAUAAACACACAAAUAUAGUAGGUCACAACAUGAGCUACACCAGCACAAUGUAAUGAGAAAAGAACAUCUGCCUUGACAAAGAUUAUAAUGCGGAGAAGUAUCCAUGUUUAUUAUUGUAGUUUUAGUUGACAGUAGUACUGAGUUCUGUUUUUUUAUUGCCAUAUAACCUCAAAUAGUGGCAUCUGCCCAAUUCAUCGCUGAGUGUGACAUCCACUCAAUAAAUAAAUGCCUCCCUCUGUCCUUACCCACUGAAUUUUAUUUUUUUCCUCCCAUUCUGAAGUAUCCCCAAGUAGCACACAAAAAUAUUACAUAUAAAUCAUUUGGACAAAAGACUAUGAGAAGUGGUUGGAAAAGAAAUCACAUGACAGCCAAACUUAAAUAGAUGUGCAGUAAUUAGAAACUUAACAGUUCGUUUUGCCUCCUACUGCACUACUGUUCAUUUACACAUUCCAUUCAUCCAUCAUCCAAUCUUACUCCAGCAUUUAUACAAAUAAACGUCCCUUUCCAAAUAGAUGCUUUAUUUCAAAUCUACGCCUGGUGUUUUUGCAUGAAAAUUUAGAUGCCCAAUACUUCCGGAAACUACCGACCAUGACACUGAUUUUUUUAAAUUUCAUUUUAAAUGGACUAGUUAACUUGUCUAUAGUCUAUCUACCUUUGUGUAGUUCAACUACCUUCUUUUUUGUAUCUUCUAAUACGCCUCCUGUGGCCAAGUGUUAAGAAUUAGCACUCGUGCUAAAACACUUAAAGCAAUACCUGUGGUUUGUCCAGUGUUUUAAUACGUCCAUAUCAUAUAAAUAAUGAAUUCUGCAGUCAAGCCAAUGCACACUAGUGUACAUGAGGGAAUACGGUUUUGGUUACCCUAUAUGAGAGAGAAAAUCCAAGUAAGUUGAAACACAACAUUGUUUACAGAAAUCAAAUCACAGUUUGUUUGUUUUGUUUUUUUGUAUAUUUCACAU